UUUAAAUGAAUAUUAAUGAGUCCGCUGAUUAAAUAUUCAUAUAUUCAUCUGUCGCAGAGUUAAAGAAUAAUUACCUCAUUUAAAUAUUCAAUUUCUAAUGGCGGGAAAAGUGAGCGCUCAGUUCCGGAACACAUUGGUUCCGCUUGUGUUUCCAGUCGGACACAUGAACAUGAAGCAGACGGUUUGGGCUCGAAGCUUCAUCCGGUUUGUUUCGUGAUUAAUUAUGUUAAUGAGCUGUUAAUUAGCGCUCGGUUCGGUUCGGCCCGGUCCGGCUCGGCUCUCCGCUCCACAUGGACCCGGUCCACAAAGAUCUGCUGCGGGCUCACCGUCUGGAACUGUCCGGGCAGCUGCUGGUCACCGACACGAUCGUUCCGCUCUUGUUUCAGGAGGACGUUUUAACGGAGGCGCACGUGCAGCUCAUCGAGGCUCAGCUGACCGACCGGAAGCGGACCCUGAAGCUGCUCGACCUGCUUCCGGCCCGCGGGCCACGCGCUUUCCACGCCUUCAUCCGGGCCCUGGACGAGUACAGCUGGGUCCGAGACAGACUGCUGCUGGACCUGCAGACUGGACCGGGACCGGGACCAGGAACGGGACCGGGACCGGGACCAGGAACGGGACCAGGACCAGGACCGGAACCGGAACCAGGACCAUCAGGUGAGUCCAGGUGUAGAUAAACAGCUGAUUCGGAUCAACAUGAAAACAUAAUUU